AUGGACGUUAGUUCCCUUUCCUCUGAGGAGAGCACAGGUAAGCUAUCAAAAUCCGGAAGUGCAAGCCCCGAUUCGACCCAGUCCCGCAAGACAUUUCCGUCAUCCCCUUCCGGAUCGACGCUAUCGUAUGAUGAAUACCUUAAGGUAGCAACCGACACUAGCGCAAGCAUCCUUCUGGAGCUGAAUAUGGACGGCAGGGUCAGGUAUCUCAGUUCUAUUUGGAAAGAAAUAGUUGGCAUAGAGUCUAAUGAGGUAGUGGGCCAAAUGAUCUCAGAGAUAUUGGUGGGGAGCGAACAAGACCGCUCGGUCUUUCAAAGGGCUACAGAUUUGAUGAUAGCCCAAGACUGCAGCUAUCGUGUCCGAUUCUUGGUAGAGGCAGGACAUCCAAAUGAUUCCACCAGCUCGUCCACUGAUCUGAGUGGCACUGAGCAUCCCGACGUGUCUGCCGUAAAUCCCAGCGUUAUCGAACUGGAGGCACAGGGUAUAGUAAUAUUCGAUGGUGUUCACAAGAUUCCUUCGCAUUCUAUGUGGAUCGUCAAGCCGUUCUGCGAAUUGGGAGCCAUGGAUAAUCUUCCGCAGGAUCUUGUAAAGCGCUUGGGAUUUGGAGCUAUCAUCUUAUCGCAAUAUCUCACAGAAAUUGAGAAUUCAAUGGUAACGGAUGAGCUAGAAUUACCGACCCCUAAGAAUGAACUUUGCCGAGUUUGCGAGUCGUCAGUACCGGCGUGGUGGCUGGAAACCCACUCCGAAUCUUGCAUCGUUGAGCAUAAAAUCGAGAGUAUGGUACAACUCUUUCAUGACAAGAUAGUGGAGCGUCGCAAUUAUAUUGAAGAUGUGUUUGUAUCCUUGGAAUCCAAUGACGGCCGCAUAUCCCAUUUCAAAAACCUACCUUUUCCGAAGUUGAGUGCGGAACCGUCGGCCUAUAACAGUGAGAGCACUUCAAAAAGCGAUUCUUUGGAAUUGAGCAUCUUCAAAAAAACUUCGAGCGGACAAAAGAACUCUAGUUCCAUUUUUCGCAGCCUAAGGUUCCCCUUCAAAACCUUGGCUUCGCUUAUAGAACUUUGCGACGAUGCUAUCAACACAAAUACGAGUGAGCUCAGAGAGGUCAAUCUUCAGCAGGAUAUUAGUGCUCAAGUUGUCUAUCAAUUCUCUCCGAGAACCCUCCAAAACAUCGACAGUGUCUUGCUGUGGAAGCCACAGACAGAUGGCGACAAUUUGGCUAUCGAUGCCCUAAAAAAUGACACAAUGGAAUUUGCAUCACAGAAGUUGGAGUUUUUGUUUCGGCUCGACCAUGCCAUGAAAUAUUCAUUCAAGAUCAAAAACGAGAUCGAUUACUACGUGCUACAGUUGAUCGAAGAGAAACUUGAGCGAAACAGAUUAAAUUCAUUGCAGAGUGAUGAAGCCAAUCGACAUAUGACACGAUCCCCACUAGCUCUGUCUCUAACUGGUAAUGACUUAAAGUUGAGUACGAAUAAGAAGAUUGCGUCCCCCCAGCCACAGCGUGCGCCGAGCGGGAUCUUUGCCGAUGCAUAUGUUGGCACCGAUGAAUUGCCUCAGAAAAAGAUUUAUGAUUUGAAUAGCGAGCACCCUGAAUUUCCAGAAGGGACAACUACCAUCACACAUGGUUCUCGUUCGGUGACCCCCACAACUACUACAGCCCCUCAUUCUGACUUGCACAUAGCGACUAAAGGAUCCAGCAGCGACCAGUCUAAGCUCUUUGAGUCUGUAAGUGCCACCCCUAAAUUGAUUUUGCCGGACUCAAGUGGCCAACUGAGACUAAGCGGUCAGGAAUCAACACCGAGAAGAAACUCAGCAGGCUCUUCUGCUGGACAUAGCACACCUUUGGCCUCUCUACAAAAAAACUCAAUAAUUCGAUCUCUUAACCACGGUAGCCUGGAUAGAUCUCCGCGAACGUCGCCCUAUGCACCAUCAUCAGAAUUAUUGACACCCGAAGUGCACUCUGCAUCUAUACCUAAACAACCAUUAUCCCCGCUGCUUCUGGCCACUAACCAAGCUAAACCUAGCACCCCUAGCAUUAGGGAUUAUGAUAUCAUAAAACCAAUCAGUAAAGGUGCAUACGGGAGCGUAUUUCUGGCUAAAAGAAGGUUGACGGGCGAGUACUACGCCAUUAAAGCUCUCAAGAAAUCUGAUAUGAUUGCUAAAAAUCAGGUAACAAAUGUCAAAUCAGAAAGAGCUAUAAUGAUGGCUCAGAGCAAUAAACCAUACGUUGCUCAACUUUUUGCCACAUUUCAAAACCGCGAGAACUUAUUUCUGGUGAUGGAGUACCUAAGCGGAGGUGAUUUAGCAACUCUAAUCAAAAUGAUGGGAAGUUUACCAGAUCAAUGGGCUAAACAGUAUAUUACAGAGGUGAUCUAUGGUGUUGCGGACAUGCACAAAAGCGGUAUAAUCCAUCACGAUUUGAAACCUGAUAAUCUACUAAUCGACCGCCGCGGGCAUCUCAAGCUGACUGAUUUUGGCCUCUCCAGAAUGGGGCUGAUAACCAGACACACAGGUGCUACUCUUAAAGAGGGUCACCAUACCAGCCGCAAAAAUAGUGUUGCUUCUGAGGAGAAUACUGGGGACCGUUCGCUGAAGUGGCACUUGAAAGAUGAUCCUCCGGGUUCCAGCAAUGCUUUAGAUGGAAUUAUUUUCAAAAGAGAGAGAUCAAGUUCCAACUCUAGUUCACAGUCAGCACUAGACGCUUCGGCUCUCCAUAGAUCUGGAUCCCAGCUGUCGUUUUCAAUGAUGGAUCUUCACAGCGGCGGCUCACCUCCACCAAUGUCUUUGCACAAGCGGACUGCUUCCAAUAUUUCAGAAUCUUGGGACAAUCAUAGUCCCACACCGGACUAUGCUUUAUUCAACCCCGAUGAUUCGAACCAAAAUAGAGGAUUUUUUGGAACGCCGGACUAUCUUGCUCCCGAAACUAUUGGGGGGACGGGCGAGACAGACGCUUGUGAUUGGUGGUCUGUAGGCUGCAUGCUGUUCGAGUUUUUCUUUGGGUAUCCUCCUUUCCAUGCCCAGACAGUUGAAGAGGUGUUCAGUAACAUUUUGGCGGGUCGGAUAGAUUGGCCCGAGUUUCCAGACAAACAGACAGAACUCGAAUACAUCACGCCUGAUGCCAAAGAUCUCAUCAAGAAACUUCUUGUCAUUGACCCUCACGAAAGACUUGGUGCCAGCGACGUUCAGGAGAUCUUCGAGCAUCCCUAUUUUAAAGACGUUGUAUGGGAAAAUUUGUAUGACGAGACGGGCUCAUUCGUUCCAGACAUACAACAUCCUGAGAGUACAGACUAUUUUGAUUUGCGAGGCGCUCAACUUGAAGACUUCACUGAGUCCGAUACUGAAAAACCAAAAAUCCCCGACCUUUUGAGUAACGAAAUGGAAAGGUCUCAUAAACGUACAAGUAGUGAGAGAAGCAGUCAAUCCAGUACACCAGUACAAAAGCUCACCGUGGGAUCCGUUUUAGAGUCUGUACAACAUCAAAGUUGCAGCAACAACAGCUCCCCCUCCACAAAGCAUAUCCCGCUUGCGAUCCCUCUACAUUUAAGAGAGCGUCGGGUCAGCAAGCUCAAUGAGGUUCAAACAGAGUUCGGGUCUUUCAAUUUCAGAAACUUACCAGCUCUUGACAGGGCCAACAAGGACGCAAUCAAUAGACUUAAGAAUGAGCAUUUAGUCGAACAAGGCAUGCACCACCACCACCACCACCAACGAGCGUCCAGUGGUUCAAGUUCUUUAUCGGAUAGCUCUAAGCAGCUGAGGUACAGUACCGUUAGUAGCUCACCGGGUGUCGCAAGCCUUACCUCACGGUCAUCCGCGUCGCCCAAUGCUUCUAAAAACCACUCGCCAAAUAGAAGAGGCAGUGUUGAUAUGUCUAGCAUGAGUCACAGGCGCAGUACCGGUAUAUUUAUGGACCACAGCCCCAAAUCACCAUCUUCAGCAGUCGAAGACAAUGAUUCGCCAUCACCCGCAUCUCGAUUCAAGUCUCCCCUGUCGCCGCAAAAUACAUCCUCGCGUACAAGAGUGCAUUCGCGCUCCUCUUCCAAGCAUUCUAGUUUGGGAGACGUUCCACCUGAAGAGUUUGAAAAGUUGCGGGCAUUGUCGCGAGUUGCAGGCUCCCGCGGUCGCCGCCGCAGUGGGCGCGAAAGCUCGUCUGCAGCGAGCGAGCUAUAUUGCAACCUUGACAUCCUCGUGUGCGAGCCAAUACCUAUCCACCGCUUCAAACUAACCAAGGAUUUAGAAAAUCUUGGGUGCUCGGUGAUAAGUGUCUCGAUGGGUGAUGAGAUGGUUCGUCGCGUCACAAGUGGAGUUCAAUUCGACAUCUUGUUCACAGCGCUCAAGUUACCUAAGCUAGGCGCCAUCGACAUUGUUAAAUUGCUUCGCAAUACAAACAGCGUCAACAGUGCCACUCCAAUUAUUGCGGUCACGGCUUUCUAUCAAGAAGCUCAACAGGCUGGCAUUUUUGAUGAUGUUUUAGAGCGUCCCGUCAGUGUUGAACAUUUGCGGUCACUACUACUGAAGUAUACCCUCAAAAAGAGUCAGAGAGCUGACGAAACUGUAAUAAGUGACGCAGAUACAGAUUUGGUUUAA